AUGAGUGACUACGAAGUGACUCUUGUCAAUGACAACAAAUUUUUCGUCAGAUUCAAGGGCCCUGCGGAGACGCCCUUUGAAGGUGGUCUGUGGAAAGUGCACGUCGAACUGCCCGAUACGUAUCCCUACAAGUCUCCCAGUAUCGGUUUCGUCAACCGCAUCUUUCACCCAAACAUUGACGAGCUGUCCGGGUCUGUGUGUCUGGAUGUCAUCAACCAGACGUGGUCUCCAAUGUUCGAUAUGAUCAACAUUUUCGAGGUCUUCCUCCCGCAGCUCCUUCGCUAUCCCAACCCGACAGACCCGCUCAACGGUGAGGCAGCUGCUCUUCUUAUUAGGGAACCGAAGAGUUACGAAGCAAAAGUCAAAGAAUACGUUCAGAAAUACGCAAACAAGGAUUCGGUGGACGAGGCUGGCGCCGAGAGCGAGGAUGAGGACGACAUGUCCUCGGUGGCGAGUUUCGACGACGACGACGACGAGGAGCCUGCUGGUCAAAUGGACGACGUAUAG